UGCAGUUUCAACCAAAUAUGCAGCAUUGGGAGGCACUAUUAAAAGUUUCUCAUUAUAUGCGGAUCUCUUUACCCAGGCAGCUAAGCGAUCCUUAUUUUUUACCUACUUUUUCGGAAUUUUUAGAGUUUUGUCAGUUUGGUGACGUCAAGAAAAGUAUAAAAUCUCAAGAGAAAGCGAAGCGCAAUUUAGUUGAAAACAGAAACGGUAAUUUUCGUAUGGAAGGGAGGCCUAGUAAUAACCUUAUAGACAACGCUUUACAAUUUGGAGAACCUUCUGAUAGUGAUAAAGUGCUCCUUAGUAAAGAUACGAAGUUGUCAACUUAUAAUGAUUUUAUAAUAAAUAAGCCCGCUGCAUCAGCCAUUAGCACUAAUUCUAUUGCUAAUGGCCGGAAUGAAUAUUUAAAUAAUGUAACUUUAUCUGAAUUUAGACUACUUCGCCAGGGACAAAUAGCUAUUUCCUCUCUACAAUCCCUUGGUUCGCACACAAAACACAAAAGGAAGAGGCAAACUGGUAAAAGUGUUGUUUGUUCUAAUUGUAAUACUACUGAGACAACUUUAUGGAGAAGAAAUGAAUUUGGAGUAGUUUGCAAUGCGUGCGGUUUAUAUUGGAAACUUCACAAACAGCACCGGCCAGUUCAACUAAACACCAAAGGAAUGUAAUCCCUCGUGGGGUUUUGCCAGAUCCCGGGAUCAACAAAAUUCACUCGUUUCGCUAGUUUUUAUAACAACCUGUAACUGACAGGAAUAAGAAGUUAACUCUUAUUUUGAUAAUCAAGGUUCCCUUCCUAUUAUGCGUACCUACAAAAAAAAAAAAUUUGAAGAGAAGAAAUUUUAGCUGAAAAAAUCCCAUCCAACUUAGA